AGACAUGUAUUACUAGCGAGGAUUCAAGCAGCACCGAGAGAGAUGGCUGAGGACUCAUUACUUUCAUACCUCCAGGACUUCAUUCCUGACUCUUUCAGCCAGAAGAACAGAAUCCUGGCUGGCCGAUUCCUGAAGCUGGUGUUCGGAGUCCGGAAUGACAUGUGUCAGCUGCUCCAGGACAUCGAUGGCAAAGAGUUCAAAGUGGACCGCUGGAUACGGGCAGAGGGAGGUGGAGGGAUAACCUCGUGUCUUUAUGAGGGCAACAAGUUCCUGAAUGCGAAUGUGGAUGUGAGUGUGAUUCAUGGACACAUGCCUUCUCAGGCCGUUGACCAGCUGCGUGAGGCUGGGAGGAUGUCCACAGCCUGGCAAAACGAAAAUCCUGAGUUCCUCGCCAUUGGAGUGAGCUGUAUUAUUCACGCCCGGAAUCCUCAUGUCCCCUCAUACCACUUCAACCUGCGGUUCUUCAUGAUGAAACUCAGUGAUGGUUCAGAAGAGGGCUGGUUUGGGGGAGUCAUCGAUUUAACCCCAGCAUACUUGGUCAAGGAGGAUGUGAUCCACUUUCACAAGACCCUGAAAGCUGCCUGUGAUGAGCACAAUCUCAGUAAUUACCCCCGCUACAAAAAAUGGUGUGAUGAGUACUUCUUAAUCAGGCACAGAGGGGAGACUCGUGGUAUUGGGGGGAUUUUUUUCGACAACUUGAACUUCCAGGACGAGAAGCAUUUUGACCUCAUGCAGUCGUGUGCCAGAGCCAUCCUGCCUGCCUACCAGCCCAUAGUGAAAGCACACCUGGAUGAGCCCCACUCUGAGCAGGAGGACACCUGGCAGCUGCUGCACUACGGCAGAUACGUUGAAUUUAAUCUUAUAUACGACAAUGGCACAAAGUUUGGGCUUUUCAUGCCAGGAUUCAGAAUUGACACCCUCUUUGCCUCAUUGCCCAUCACAGCCAAGUGAGUAUGCCCUAUGUAGAAAACAUAUAA